AAUAUUAACUGUUUACCAGAAGAGAAACAGGUUUGGGGUUAGGCUGCUGAGUGCUUGCACCUCUCUGUGUGUGAGCAAGAGCUUUUUUUUCCCCUCUGUCCCUUCACAGCCAUAGGUCAUUACACCAAGCUGCCUGAAACCGCUCAAUGCUAUUUUUCACCAGCUUGACUUCAGAAGAGACAGGUCUGUGGAUGUGCUUCACUUUCUGCUUUGGCUGGGGUAGAGCAACAAGGCUCAGCGCUGUGGCUGCUGCUCUCAUCCGAGAACAAACUUGCUGAAGGAUUCUUUCCCCUCCACGGAGUGAUAAUAAUGACACAGCUGCAGUUUAAAGAUGCAUUUUGGUGCAAGGAGUUCACCUUCCACACUGGUUAUGAGGUGCUUGUACAGCGGCUGUUGGAUGGGAGGAAAAUGUGCAAAGAUGUGGAGGAUUUGCUCAAGCAGAGAGCACAAGCAGAAGAGAGAUAUGGGAAAGAGCUGAUUCAAAUCGCCCGAAAGGCAGGAGGACAAACAGAAAUCAACACACUGAAGGCAGCGUUUGAGAGGCUUAAGCAACAAAUCGAAAGUGUUGGGAACUCUCAUAUCCAGCUGGCAGUAAUGCUGAAGGAUGAACUGAAAGGAAUAGAGGAGUUCCGAGAAAGACAGAAGGAGCAAAGAAAAAAGUACGAGUCUGCAAUGGAGCGCAUGCAAAAGAGCAAGUUGUCCCAUUAUAAGAAAACAAUGGAGUCAAAGAAGACUUACGAACAGAAGUGCAAGGAGGCAGAUGAGGCGGAGCAGUCCUUUGAACGGACAAGUGCUUCAGGCAACCAAAAGCAAACAGAAAAGAGUCAGAACAAAGCCAAGCAAUGCAGAGAUGCAGCAAAUGAAGCAGAGGACGUGUACAAACAGAACAUUGAGCAGCUGGAUAAGGUCAGGACAGAGUGGGAACAAGAACACAUCAAAACCUGUGAGGUCUUCCAGCUCCAGGAGUGCGACCGCAUCACCAUCCUCCGCAACUCGCUGUGGGUUCACUGCAACCAGCUCUCCAUGCAGUGUGUGAAGGAUGAUGAGCUGUAUGAAGAGGUUCGAGUAAGCUUGGAGAACUGCAUUGUAGAGUCAGACAUAGACUGCUUCAUUAGGACUAAAAUGACAGGAACAGAACCUCCAGAUGCAAUAGGAUACGAGAACUACUACAGCAGAGAACAAAGGAGAAGCAACAGCAACCCAACCCAGUCUUGUGGGAUGAUGAAGAGAUUCUCUGGACUACUGCAUGGAAGCAGCAGAAACAACAACAUGGAAAGUGCCACUCCUUCAGCCCCCCCUCUUGAGAAAACAGACGGAGUCUAUGCAUCCAUUUUUGCAAAUGAACAAGCUGGAAUCACAUCAUCACAGGACUACAGAGUACUUUAUGACUACACAGCCCAGAACAUGGAUGAACUGGACAUCAGUGAAGGUGACAUUGUAGUUGUCAUUGAAGAAAACGAGGAUGGCUGGUGGACAGCAGAAAGGAAUGGGCAGCGAGGCUUUGUGCCAGGGUCUUAUCUCAAAAAGCUUUGAUGAAAACAAGCCCCAGUCCUCAGCCUUUAAAAAUAUUACUGAAAACAAGCAGCACACAAGGUCUGCUUCAGCUGACCAAGGGCAACCCAUAAUACUGUCUUCUACAAUUACCAGUCAGGAAAUAACCAACCGACCAUGCUUUCCUCUUCCUUCCUCCUGCCCCAUCCCAGAACCUCCUACUACACUGUCUGCAAAAACCAUCUUCACCUCAGAGAGAUUAGGACUUGUGUUUCUUGCCAGAGUUCUUCCUACCCUCAGCACACUGUGCUGCCAUCAGUGCUGCAAAGCUUGGCAAAUCUGGGAGGAAAAUCCUGUCCAGAACUUAACUGCACUAAAGAAAAAAGAUCAAGGAAGCAAGUGCUGUUCUGCAGGAUGGAGGACCACCUCCAGCCGGUCUGUGAGACACCCUCAUGGUCACAGCAGCCAUGUUCUCUUCCAUGGAUCCCUUCCUCUCAGUGCACAGGCCAUGCAAGUAUUUUUGACAGCAAAAAGCACACUCAGAAAGCAGAUAGCUUUGAUGUCACAGGGUCUUAGCUGUACAAAGCAAGGAAGAAGCUCUCUUUUUUUUAACAGCCCCCUUUCAAGUUCCCCUUUCAGCAUGUGGCUAACCAGAGAGAAAGGUGGUGAACCCUCCACUGUUCUUUAUCAGAGUCACUGAUGAAAAUACGAAAAACAAUGAAUGCAGCUAGAGAGGAGCACCUGAAGGACCAAGACACAUCAGUAGUAAGAAAACAUAAGGCACUCCCCGUUAUGGCCAUCUCCUAGUACAAUGAAAUCCAUGCUAUCCAUGGCUCUGCUUUGCACUGGAUUCUGGAGCAGCAUAAUAGGACAGAUGAUGAGCCCAAGGCUUGCUUUUGCCUUGGUUGGAUGGUUUCCCUGACACCUCCCUGGGAUUUUUCAUGUUUAAAAAACCAACAAAAAACCCAACAAAUAAGCAAAGCCUCCAGCAGGGCUGCACUGCCCUGAUCCCUCUCCUCUGAGCACAAGAGAUAAGAGCCAAUUACCUCCUCACACAAUCUGCAUACCCAUGUCAUCAGUGCAUUCUCCUUUCAACUCCUCUGUCCACCUGGCUGAUCCUCUCCUCCUCUUCUGCCCACAGGCUUUUCUGCCACUGGCUGCUAUCUACAGCCUCUACACCUCUGGGAUUGCUGGCAUAGAUGUGCCCUGGUUCCUUUCCAGGCACUUUUAAUGUGCUUGUUCUUCAACGAACCCUCUUCAGACAAGUCACACUGUGCAGGUUCACUGUAUUCUACAGACUUCAGCUCUAUCAGUCUUUCUGUUCAGUAUUUAAGAAUGUUUCCAACUGCCACUGUACUUACCAAGGGAUCGAUAGAUACUUUCUGCUACUCCUCCCUUUUAAGUAUUUCAAGAUGGUUAAAAAAAAAAAAAAAAAAA